AUGUACUGCGGAAUCGACACGUCCUGCGGUCUAAUUCAAAACUCAUCAACACACUAUAUCGCGAUGGCACGUCCGCCUCCACCUGUGAGAACGUGGGUAGAGAUUAAUAUAGAUCAUUCUCCAGGUUUUCUACUAUAUAUUUACCUCUUUGCUGUAUCUUUGGCCAAUCUGGUGAUAGUCUUAGUCGCCCCCGCUGCGUAUACCAACCUCCUUGCAUCGGUCCAGCGCGUGCUGUACGCGAUCUUGCCCUCGCGCAUUCUUCUCAACCUUCGUCAAGCCUCUCGGGUGAACGAGGAGCCGACCUCACACUGGUCCCAAGUGCUUGGUCUCGGGCUUUCCUUCGUGAGAAACGAUCCGGAUGAUGAUCGUGUCGAUCAGGAAGUGGAACAGUGA